AUGGGGAACUCCCAAUACCAGGGAGAGGUGUAUACCCUUCAAUUCAGAUUCGAUGCACAAUAUCCAAUAUCGUCACCUGCCGUCCAGUUCGUCGUCACAGACGGGAAGGAAGCGCCCAUCCAUCCACAUGUUUACUCUAACGGGCACAUCUGUGCGUCGAUCCUAGGAAGCGAAUGGUCACCGGUCCUGAGUGUAAUCGCGGUUUGCGUGACUCUACAGAGCAUGCUGGCAUCUUGCAAGAAGAAGGAACGGCCAGCGGACAACGACAGAUAUGUGCGAACUGCUCCAGAUAAUCCGAAGAAAACGCUCUUCCAUUAUGAUGAUGACACUGUAUAG